AUGUCCCUCGGGGGGACCACAGGCGACAACACGCGCCUGCUUCGGAAGGCUCCAGAGGAGGAGGAGGAGGAGGAGGAGGAGGAGGAGGAGGAGGCGAUGCAGGCGGAGGGCGUGCGGGAGGUGGCUGUGGCAACUGGCCUGGAGGUGCUGUACCAGGAGACCCCCAACUACCGCGGAGCGGCGGCCGAGGCUGACCGCAUGAUCGAGCCAAGGGAGACGGCUAGGCAUGCCUGGCGAGUGCCAGACCUGGGCUUUGCUGCUGCUCUUGCUGCUGCUGCUGCUGCUGCUGCCGCUGCUGCUGCCGCCGCCGCCGCCGCCGCCGCCGCCGCUGCUGCUGCUGCUGCUGCUGCUGCUGCUGCUGCUGCUGCUGCUGCUGCUGCUGCUGCUGCUGCUGCUGCUGCUGCUGCUGCUGCUGCUGCUCCUGCUGCUGCUGCUACUGCUGCUGCUGCUGCUGCUGCUGCUGCUGCUGCUGCUGCUGCUGCUGCUGCUGCUGCUGCUGCUGCUGCUGCUGCUGCUGCUGCUGCUGCUGCUGCUGCUGCUGCUGCUCCUGCUGCUGCUGCUGCUGCUGCUGCUGCUGCUGCUGCUGCUGCUGCUGCUCCUGCUGCUGCUGCUGCUGCUACUGCUGCUGCUGCUGCUGCUGCUGCUGCUGCUGCUGCUGCUGCUGCUGCUGCUCCUGCUGCUGCUGCUGCUGCUCCUGCUGCUGCUGCUCCUGCUGCUGCUGCUCCUGCUGCUGCUGCUGCUGCUCCUGCUGCUGCUGCUGCUGCUGCUGCUGCUGCUGCUGCUGCUGCUGCUGCUGCUGCUGCUGCUGCUGCUGCUGCUGCUGCUCCUGCUGCUGCUGCUGCUGCUGCUCCUGCUCCUGCUCCUGCUGCUGCUGCUGCUGCUGCUGCUGCUGCUGCUGCUGCUGCUGCUGCUGCUGCUGCUGCUGCUGCUGCUGCUGCUGCUGCUGCUGCUGCUGCUGCUGCUGCUGCUGCUGCUGCUCCUGCUGCUGCUGCUGCUGCUCCUGCUGCUGCUGCUCCUGCUGCUGCUGCUGCUGCUCCUCCUGCUGCUGCUGCUGCUGCUGCUGCUGCUGCUGCUGCUGCUGCUGCUGCUGCUGCUGCUGCUGCUGCUGCUGCUGCUGCUGCUGCUGCUGCUGCUGCUGCUGCUGCUGCUGCUGCUGCUGCUGCUGCUGCUGCUGCUGCUGCUGCUGCUGCUGCUGCUGCUGCUGCUGCUGCUGCUGCUGCUGCUGCUGCUGCUGCUGCUGCUGCUGCUGCUGCUGCUGCUGCUGCUGCUGCUGCUGCUGCUGCUGCUGCUGCUGCUGCUGCUGCUGCUGCUGCUGCUGCUGCUGCUGCUGCUGCUGCUGCUGCUGCUGCUGCUGCUGCUGCUGCUGCUGCUGCUGCUGCUGCUGCUGCUGCUGCUGCUGCUGCUGCUGCUGCUGCUGCUGCUGCUGCUGCUGCUGCUGCUGCUGCUGCUGCUGCUGCUCCUGCUCCUGCUCCUGCUCCUGCUCCUGCUCCUGCUCCUGCUGCUGCUGCUGCUGCUGCUGCUGCUGCUGCUGCUGCUGCUGCUGCUGCUGCUGCUGCUGCUGCUGCUGCUGCUGCUGCUGCUGCUGCUGCUGCUGCUGCUGCUGCUGCUGCUGCUGCUGCUGCUCCUGCUGCUGCUGCUGCUGCUGCUGCUCCUGCUGCUGCUGCUCCUGCUGCUGCUGCUGCUGCUCCUGCUGCUGCUGCUGCUGCUGCUGCUGCUGCUGCUGCUGCUGCUCCUGCUGCUGCUCCUGAUGCUGCUGCUGCUGCUGCUGCUGCUCCUGCUCCUGCUCCUGCUCCUACUCCGCUGCUCCAGCUGCCGUAG